GGGUAAUGUUGUUACUUUUUGGGAUGAUGUGUCUUUUGGAUUCACUUGGACUGGAAAGACGCGUGCUUUUGAUCUUGUUAUUACUGGCCUCACUCAUAAUAAUCACCACCAUACUCGGAAUCCACGUCCACAAGUUCGAAUACGCGCGAAAACCGAUCCUAAUCGUGCUCAUCGCAAUAGUGAUCUUUGUUGUGAUAUCUUCGAUCGCGAUUGGAGGUGUAUUUUGGCGUGGAUCGAUGAAGUCGGGAAACGAGUUGUCGAACGAUUUUCUUGUUGCGGAUUCUUUAAUAAGACUGAUUUUCCAGCUAUAACAGGUUUCUGUUUGUCACAAAAUAUUCCAACAAAUACAUCGUCGUCGCCAACACCGCAAUCAUCGAUCGGAACUGUAUUAAGAAUAGUGGCAAGCUCAACUCCAGAAUCUGCAACUCCUACGACGUCUCAAGAAGAUCCUCAACAGCAACAACCAUCCAAGGACCUUACUGAUGAUGGAUACGAACCAGACGACAAAGACAUCAGCUGCGCCAAUCCACUCCGUGAGUUCUCGCAAAGCUACCAGUCAACACUAUACUUGAUGAUGUUCACUCUUACGAACCUGUACUUGUUGUUUGGGUUUGUCAUGGCGUUGAUGCUGAAUUCGGAGUUCGAGAAGGAGAAAGAGAAAGCGUGGGCGCUCGAACGGAAACAAAUAAUUUCGGCUAACAAUUAUUG